GGUGGAGGAGGAAGAAAGAGAGGCAAGUGAGACGGAAGAGGAGGAUGCAGCGCAAGCGCUGAAUGCUGUAGCCGAUGUACAGUUUGUACCGGCUGAAAUGGUGGGGGGUGAGCGCUGCCGAUGCACACGGAGAGGAGUUGCGGGCGGAGGAGAGCGAAGCCGUAAGGAGAGAAGCAGCAGCAGCGGUGGUUGCGGCGCCUGCAGCGGUGCGUCUUCAGGUGAAUGAGGCGAUGGAGGAGGAGGAGGAGGAGGAAGAUGAAGCAGUACAGAGAGCGCAGAAUGAGCACGAUGCUAGAGCGGAAGAGGCUGAAGAUGUAUCUGCCAAUAGGGAUUCUCAGCGCAUGGUUAAUGUUGACCACCUUCUUGCCACAUGUAUAGAGCCAACAGCUGCUGCUAAUAAUAUUCUACAGCGCUAUUCUACCAUUGAUGGAACGAGCAGCUGAUGAAAGCGAGAAUAUUAUUGAGUAUGCGGAGCAUCCAUGUGUCAAAAGACGGCAACAAAUCCUCGACUUUUUGGCCCGACCAGUAGAACCCGAAGAAAUGCGGUACACAAGAAGAAGCGCUGAAGGAUUGGUCACCGAGCAUUUUUUUAACCAGGGAAAUCCAAGAGAUCGUCAAAUUAAUGAACAACAUAAUCACUCUGACGAUUCAUCUUGCUCUUCUUCUACAACCAUUUUUCCCUUAUCUACAUCAUCUUCGAACACCAAUACUUCUGUAGAAUCGCAGGAUUACGAGGCCGAUGAAAGUGAUUUUUCUAUUCAAGUUGGUAGAGGACAAAGAAGAAGAAUUGAAAAUUCAAGCAGCAAUAAUGAUGAUUUGUCUGACUACGAACAAGAGGAUAAUCAUCCCAGUGAGGAGAAUGAGGAGGCGGAGGAGGAGAUCAGCGAGGAGGAUGAGGAGAGAAGCGAAACAGACGAUAAUAUGAAUUAUCAAGGAGUCGAUGAGGAAGGAGAUGAGGAUAUCCAGCCUCCUGGUAAUCGUUUUGAUAUUUUCCAACAAAAUUCGCAUUAUAUAUCUAAGUAUAAAAUAGAAGGUAGACGUAUUGUGCUAAUAAUAAGAUCUCCACCGAAGGAUGGAUCUAUAAAUCCGAUAGUUUGGUUGGAGUUAGUUAUUCGCGAUAUUUAUUCUUAUAUAAUUUCAUUGUGUAAUGAAAACGACAUGAUUGGCGUCUCCGUUAGAAGUUUAAAUUUUGCACGAGGCCCGGGUGGGUUAUCUUUACGCUUAGUAAAUAAUUCUUUUAGAAUGAUUUAUGGAAUUUAAUAAGCCGAUUAGCUCAGAGUAAUGAGGAUUUUCAAAUAGAUGAGAGCUUUAUUCUAACAUUAACACUUGUUAAUAUACCUAAUGGUGACCGAGAUGGAAGUAGAAAGAGGAUGAGUGUUGAUAGCUUAUCUCAGAGAUCGGUUGUAUCUAUAAGAAAUAACGAUAAUUUAUGCUUGCCAAGAGCUUUAAUUGUCGGGGAGGCUUUUAUGAUGUAUAAAAAAUUCUUUUCAAACGAAGCCAUUGAUACUUGGAAUAUUGUCAGAGAUAGCAGACGUGGUAUGCAAAAAGAGCGCGCAAAUCUCCUUACUAUUAAUGCAAACGUCGUAAUUCCUGCAAACGGGUGCGGUAUACGAGAUAUAGAGACGUAUCAGCGGUAUUAUGUUGCAAAAAAUAUCGCUAUUGUAAUAUACGAUAGUUUAUCUUUUGGAAGUGGAGAACCGUCCUUUUACGAUGGAAGACCUCUGUUAAAUUCAAAUUCUUUUGACGUUAUAAAUCUUUUGUACGACGCGCGAAGGCGUCAUUUCGAUACAAUAUUAAAUUUAACCAGUGCUGCACGCAAUCGUUUUUUCUGCGAACAUUGUAAUAAAAGCUAUAGAUACGUAGAUGAGCAUAGAUGCACAGCCAAAUGUGACAGGUGUUUUUGUGCACCAACGUGUAAUUCUAAUAUAGAUAUUAUAAAGUGUGUAGAAUGUAACCGAGAAUUUUACGGACAAAUAUGUUUCGACCGUCACAAAAUAGAUGGGUCAUACAAAAAAAAAAAAUAAUAAAAAAAUAUGCGAUGUAGUAAAAGUUUGUAAUAUGUGUUGCAAACGAAUUAAUAUCUACAAGUCAAAGCACGAGUGUGGAAUCAAUUGGUGCAACUUAUGUCGCGAAAAACAUGAUGUAAAUCAGCUCUGUUAUAUUCAACCCAUUGGACGUAAUGUUAACGCACAGAUUAUUCGUAAAUCCCUAAAGAAAAACUUAUUUAUUUUUUAUGACUUUGAGACGCGUCAAGAUUCUGCUUACCGUGAACAUACAGAGAUAAAAAUACACAUUCCAAAUCUAUGUGUUGUACAACAGGUUUGCGAUGAUUGCAUGGAUGAUGAAAAUAUAAAUAUACUAUGCCAUACGUGUGGUGUAAGAGAGCAUAUAUUUCGCGAUGAUCCAGUUAAACAAUUAAUAGGUUUGGCAGUACGCGAGAAAACUACCUUCGAUCAAAUAAUUUGUAUUGCUCAUAACUCUCGUGGGUUUGAUGCGCAAUUUAUUUUGAGAGAAAUCGUUGAAAAUACCUCAAUAGUACCGAACGUAAUAUUGAAUGGACAAAAUAUAAUUAUGCUUCAAUGCGGGCGAACAAAAUUGAUUGAUAGCUUAAACUAUUUUCACAUGAAAUUAAGUGCUUUACCACAAACCUUUUCUCUACCGCCAGCUAGCAAAAAAGGAUAUUUUCCUCAUCUAUUCAAUACUUUAGAUAAUCAAAAUUAUGUUGGGGCUUUACCCGAAGCAUCGUUCUAUGCGACUAAUGCCAUGUCGACGUCUGAGAGGGAAAAGUUUAUUGUAUGGUAUGAGGAGAACCGAAAUACUUACGAGUUUGAUUUUCAAGGUGAAAUACUCGAUUAUUGCCGUAUGGAUGUAGAAAUUUUAAGACUUGCAUGCAUGGCUUUUCGGAAAAUUUUCAUUAAGUGCGGGAAUACUUGUCCGUUUACAGAGGCAACGACCAUAGCUUCUGCAUGCUCCAUUGUGUAUAGAAAAAAUUUCUUACGCGAAAAAAUUAUCGGUAUCAUUCCAGCAGGUGGAUAUCGACGCGCUGAUAAUCAUUCGCAAAAGUCAAUACAGUGGCUGUUACAGUGUGAACGUGAGAUUGGUCGGGAAAUCAUACACGCGGGUAGAGCACGUGAAUUUAUGCUCCUAGAAGGGUUUCGUGUAGAUGGCUAUUUACCUCCGGAAAAUAAUAAUGCAAAUAAAGGUAUUGUCUUUGAAUAUCAAGGCUGUUACACACACGGUUGCCCUAUUUGCUUUAAUAAACGACGAGAUAAAAUAAUGUCAUACGGCAGAACUAUGGAUGAGUCGUACGAGAAUACUUUUCGGAAAAUUCAAAAAAUAAAAGCCCUGGGUUACGAAGUUCGAGAGAUAUGGGAAUGUACUUUUGAUCGGAUAAAAGCAGAGAAUCGCGAAAUCUACGAAUAUGUAACACAGCAUCCUCUUGUGAGUCGUAUAACGUUGAAUCCGCGCGAUGCUUUUUUUGGAGGUAGAACAGAGAAUAUAGUUACUGAGUACACGAUCGGAAAUAACGAAAAAAUUCAAUAUACAGAUAUAUGCUCUCUUCUUUUUGCUCUUUGCCGCUCAUGCUGCGAAGAAAUGCAGCAGUGUGACUGCAAUCACGAAGACCCAAAAAUGCGUGAAAAUAAUAUCGAAAAAAAUUCAGGGUUACGAGCUGUUGCUAAGCUCUGCUUAAAUUCAUUUUGGGGUAAGUUUGGACAACGGAGUAAUUUGAAACAAACUGAAGUUGUAAAAUCACGUGAAUCUCUUUUAAAACUUCUUACUUGUCCGGGAAGAGAUGUUAAUGAUAUACUAGCAAUUAAUGAUGAGAUACAGUACGUGAAUUGGCAAUACAAGGAUGAGGCUGUCACUCCUGCCCCGCAUACGAGUGUCGUGAUUGCGGCUUACACCACUGCUCAAGCACGUUUAGAACUAUAUAAUUACUUGAGAAGGUUGGGUGAUCGUGAUCUUUAUUAUGACACAGAUUCUUGUAUAUUUGUUUCGCAUGACGAUGCUUCGGAUGAGUAUAAACCUUUUGUUGGCUCUAAACUAGGUGAUAUGACAGAUGAACUUUGUGGUUAUGGUGAGAAUACGUAUAUAAGUAAUUUUGUUUCGGGAGGACCAAAGUUUUACGCUUACAUAGCUGUAACACCCAAUAAAGAUGAUAAAAUUGAAUGUUGUAAAGUAAAAGGUAUCUCAUUAAACUUCUCAAACGGUGUAAAAAUUAAUUUUGAUAGCAUUAAGAAUUUGAUUAACGAUGCCUUAGCAAACGAAGAUCACGAAUCUGAAAAAAUGAAUGAUGAAUGUAGUAAAAUACGCUUAAAAUUCAAAGCUAUCAGAAGAACUAAAAUGCAUGAAGUUGUAACGCGUGAAGAAUCGAAAACAUGUUGUGUUGUAUUGAAAAAACAACGAUACCUUACGUCACGUAAGUCUCUACCUUUUGGAUAUAAGAAUAAUUAACUUUUUGGAUGUAUUUAUUGUAAAUAAAAAUAAACACAAAUUUUUAUAUAAUUUCCUUAUUUUUCCAUUUAAAAGAUCCCUAACACAUUUUUAUAUCCUCAGUAUAGCUUCUGUCAUCGAAGAGAACGCUUCUUAUGGAAAUUUAGCUCAUUUUAACGCAUAAUUCAGCUUACUCGCGGUGUUAUUUAGCUUGUUGGACACGAAUAUCGGCUUAAACAGCGGUAAUAACAGCUUGUGAUUCAGCACACGUAAAAUUAGCUUAUUUUUACGUGUGCCGCACCGCGCCGCCGCCGACCUCCCGCGUGCCAUAAGCUUAUUUUAAGGAAAAUCUCUCGUGUGUGUGUGUGUAUGUGUGUGUGUGUGUGUACUCGGCGAAAUGGAUAUGCGAUUCAAACAUCCGUGUACGUGUAUCGUUAGCGGACCCACGGGAUGGGGUAAAACAGUUUUUGUCAAAAGGUUUCUUCGACAUCUUCCACUCAUGUGCAGUGUAACUUUUGAUCGGAUAUUACUCUAUUAUGCCGAGUGGCAGUCUACGUAUGAGACAGACUUUGUUCCAGGAGGCAUAAGUAGGGAGAGUAGAAAAAAAAUUGUUGAAUUUCACGAGGGAUUACCUCAGCCUUCAGA